CUGUAUUUUCACUUUCCAGAAAAUGAAACUGAAGCAGGAAUGUGGUCACAUGACGAGCGGCUCUGAGUAAAGGCGCUGCUCCCUCAGCGCUUGUUCCCAUUUGCAGAGCCCGGAGCAUGGAGUGUCCCGGGUGCCGGCAUGUCUCCAGAGAGGACGCCCCCAAGUUCUGCAGUGAGUGUGGGCUGAGGCUGCCCACCGCGGCCCCCGCCCCAGAGCCUGAGAGCCACCCGAAGAUGACGCCGGUCCCCGAGGGAGAGAUGGAGAGCGGGCUGGAGCUGAAGGAGGAAGGUGGCCCCAAGGUGACGCCGGUCCCCGAGGGAGAGAUGGAGAGUGGGCUGGAGUCAAAGGAGGAAGGUGGCCCCAAGGUGACGUCGGUCCCCGAGGGAGAGAUGGAGAGUGGGCUGGAGCUGAAGGAGGAAGGUGGCCCCAAGGUGACGCCGGUCCCCGAGGGAGAGAUGGAGAGUGGGCUGGAGCCAAAGGAGGAAGGUGGCCCCAAGGUGACGUCGAUCCCCGAGGGAGAGAUGGAGAGUGGGCUGGAGCUGAAGGAGGAAGGUGGCCCCUUCCCAUCCCUGGACUCAGGUGAUGAGCAGAAAGAUCUGGACGAGCCCUCCUCCCAGACCUCCUGUAACAGCAAACAAAGGAAAAGGAGAAGCAGGAGGAAAAAGAACCGAAAAGCCGCAGCUUCCACGGGGCUGGAGUCCCUGUCCCCGGCCCCCUCCAGCCCCUGUAGUCCGAAUUCACUGGCAGACCCUGGGUUCCAGGAUGCAGCCCCCCCCCAAAGCCCGGCGCAGCAGGGGGCCCCCCCCAGCCAGCCGAGCCAGCCCUCAGGCACGGGCGUGGCUGCAGGAGGCCCAGAGGCCGCCCUGGGGGGCAAGUCUCCAGGCAGCUCAGCACCCCAGGAUCAGACUCAUGGACAUGCACCCCCAGAAGGGAAGGCUGAGGAGGGGGCUGGUCCCACCGCCCCUGCCGGUGAAGGUGGUCCUGGGAAGGAGGACGCCGCCCGGGAGCCCCUGCUGCCGGAGCCCAGGGAAGAGCCGCAGGCCGCGGGGCAGCCGGCUGGGGCCCUGCCCUCUGGGGCAGUUGGCGGCACAGCUGAGCCAGUGAAUUCAGAGAAGGGGACGGAGAGCGAAGCCCAUAAUAAGACUCAAACACCGAAACCACCGCCCACAAGCGCCCCGGCUUCCCGAGAACCCCGCCAGGAAGCUGACACCAAGGGCAAGACCGCCGUUUCCGGAGAGGAGGCCAAGCCCGAGGACCCGAAGAAACCUGGAGGGGACCACAGGAAGGACGAGGCUGCAGCAAGGACUGAGAAGAAACAGAACCAGAAAGCAGAUGCCUGCGCCGGUCCCGGGAGCCCCCUGAGCCCCCAGGAAGGAGUCACGGUGUACUUCCAUGCCAUCAUCUCCAAGGACUUCAACUUCGACCCCAGCAAGCACAGAAUGUUCGUCUGGGGCGGAGAAGAACUUGGGAAGCCCAAGUGGAAGCGUAACGUGUGCGAGAUGUUCACCACCAAACAAUUAGAUGGCCACGGGCUCCUCGUCGAGGGCAGCACCGUCAUUUCCAAGCAGCACCUGGACAGACCCAUUCCGUACAAGUACGUGGUUGAGCUUGGCAAGGACACUGUCCAGUAUGAGUUCAUCUACAAACGUCAAGAGAGGGAGAACGUGCACGUCAACCGCUGUCUGCACGUAAAGUCUAAGCUGCUGAGCUCCAGGGGCUGGCAUCAGUACGAUGACAUUAUCUGCAUGAGGCCCCCUGGGAGCAUACGGAAAUUCCUAAAUAAUUUCACGGACCAGACAACAAAAAGCAUUGUGAACGGGAAGAAGAUCGCGGCCGGCGUCAUGCUGGACGGACUCUUCAGCAUCCUCCAGGCUUGGAGUGCCAACAACCUCAACAGUUUCUUCGCUCAGUUUCGCCAGUUUUAUUCUGUUGUCCACAAGCCCGUGGUCUAUGAAGACCAGGAGCGGUUCUGGGGCUCCCUGCAGUAUGAUGAGAAGCAGGUGAAGAAAGACCUAUGGGAGCAUUUAAAAAAGAAAAUGGCACCGUUUCUGGAAAAAAGUGAGAAGCCUCUACCUGCAGACCUCCCGGUGAAGAGCAGGUUGAGGACGGGGCUGAUCGUCCUCCAUCUGGCCAAGGAGCUGCAGCUGUCCUUGACUCGGCACGACCUGGCCUCGCUCUGCAGCCUCCUGUGCCCGGCGGCCCUCUCCCCGGGCCACCUGCACGCCGACCUAAGCGACAUCUUUGGAACGUCUCAGAGGUGGCGAGAGUCCUUGGUGAGCCUGUGCCAAGACAGCAUGGACGAAGGGGUCUUCCUCUGGGUGGGCACUCUGCCUGUGCUCCACCACUGUGUGGGGCAGUGCCUUGGAGGAAGGCACUCCAGGCAUCAGUCUGAGGACACCUGGGCAGCCCUCGAAGGGAUCUCUUUCUCGGAGCGUCGGGAAACGAGAGCACACGAGAAGCAGUUGCUCCAAGUGAUGAAGGAGAAGAAACACCUGCUGGCCGUGGAUGGACACCUGUUCCGGUCCUGGUUCAGUCUGCUGCCUCUGAGCAACCUGGCUGCCUACCUCCGAGAAUUCACCGACUACUUGCGGAGCUGUCCGGCGCGAGUCCUGGACUGCCUCGUGGGGACCCUGUACCGGCUUCAGGGACUGAGGGAGAUCUCCCAGAGAAACCUGGAGGACAUUGAGAGUCUUUUUAAAAUGCUGCUGCACCUCCUGAACAUGUUUCAGGACAAGGUUCUCCAGGAGACCUCGGCACAGCCCUACCUGACCGUGUGCCUGAAGCUUCACGAGACUGUCUGCACACUCACGAAAAGCGAGACGUUUUACGAGGUGCCGGCCUCCUCCGCCGAGAUCGUCCGCGCCAUCGUUAGUCUGAAGCCGCUGGCGGAUCCAGCGGAUGCGCAGGGAAGUGGGCCGGGAACGAAGGAGUCCGUGAGGACCGUGGUCCAGCAGACCCUCGGAACGACGGAGCAGUGGCUCCGGGGAGUCUUCAAGAAGAGCAUGCUCCAGAGCUCCCAGGCCACCGCCGCCAACUUCACGUACCAACUGGAGAUCCAGGUCUGGCGGCGGCUGGUGGAGAUCAAGUUCCCCGAAGAGUACCUCUGGAAGCAGUCCCUGCUGAGGGACAUGGAAGGGAGGCUCAAACAGGAGUCGCUCUCCUCCCAGAUCUCCGCCUACUGCAACACCCAGUGGGAGGCCGAGGGCCCAGAGGACAGCGUGUACAAGUGCUUGGAGAACUGCGUCAUUGAAGCCGUCAGCGUGGCCUGCCAGUCUCAGACCAGUGUCCUCGGGGCACUGUCUCUUAGUGACCUGCGGAAAUUUGGGACUCUCGUGUCUGUUGUGAUCACCAAGUCGUGGCCGAGGAGCCAUGGGGAGGCCGUGCAUGACUUGGGGGAGGUUCUGAAGCAUCUGCUCACCUGGCCGGACGUCAAGCAUCUCUACAAAUUGUACGGAACCAAUGAGAAAAUCCUGGCACACAUCUCCGAGGAAGGCAAGGAGCUGAUGGCCACCGCCGACUCCGUGUUCACCAAGGUGACCGCCGAUCUCCUGAGCAGGACGGUGCUGGUCGAACAGCUGGAGCUGAUCAGAAGCAACAGGACUCAGUUUCUCGACAUCUGGGACCUGAAGAGAAAAGGUCUUUCGCCCCGGGAGCAGGCAUACGACAUGAGGGACGUGCUGGACUGCAGGUGGGAAGAACUGAAGUUUCUGAAGACCCAGCAGAGCUGUGUGGACAGUCUCCUGAAGCUGUGCGAAGAGGUGUCCACCUGGGUGACCGUGGACUGCAGUGCGAUCGCGGAGAGACACGCAGAGGACCUCGGCCGGAAAACGCUGGACACAGUGGUGCUGUUGGACAGGCCGCCCACUUCCUCACCCCAGAGCAUGAGCACCCAUUACCACCUGAGCUCCAACGUCCAAAAGAUGGCCACAGAGAUCAACUGGCUCAAGGACAGUCACGUCUUCCGGAACUUCUGGGCCGACGCCGCGAGGCUGCGGAGGCCGCCGGGGCAGGUGUCGGAACGGCCAGUGAUGGACGUGGAAUGUGCGUAUAAGAGGCUGUUUCUCCCAAGUUUCUGCAAGUUCGAGAAACUGUACAAGGACCUGAAGUCAGGAGAGGUCACCUUGGGGGAAGUCGAAGCCAUCUUCAACGUCUUUGUGAAUAAAUACAGCGACCUCACCUCUGACCUCCGCGUCAUGUGUGCCCUGGACCCCGGGGACCAGGAGGACUGGAUCGAGGCGCGAGUCGGGCAGAUCAGGGAGUACCACCACCUGCACCAGGCUGCCAGGGCGGCAAAUGUCAUCUUGCAGAUCAAAGAGAACCUGGGCCUGACCGGAGACUUCAGUGUCCUCCACUUACUCUUACGAAUUACUGACACCUUUGAGAACUCUCGUCAUGAAAAACUGGCCCAGAUCAAUCAGGGGAUCAUCCGUGCCAAGCAGCUGCUGCAGGACAUCGACGAGGCCCGGUACCAGUGUCUGCUGGAGCUGGCCCAGAGGAAGGAGUUCGUCAACUGGGUCCGGGAGGCUCUGGAAGGCAUCAACGAGCUGAAGGUGUUUGUGGACCUGGCCUUCAUCUUUGCGGGCGAGAACGACAUGGACGUGGACCGGGUGGCCUACUUCCACGAUGCCGUCCAGGGCUACACCGCCCUUCUCUACAACCUGGACCCCAGCGCAGACUUCCGCGACUUCAUGAACCAGCUGAAGGAGCUCUGGAAGGCUCUGGAAAACGACACGCACCUGCCUGCCAAACUGCGUGACUCCGCCCGGAACUUGGACUGGCUAAGGACGGUGAAGGAGAGUCACGGGUCUGUGGAACGCUCGUCCCUGGCGCUGGCUACGGACAUCAACAGCAGAGGCAUCUACGUGAUCGAAGCGCCUUCCGACGGCCGGAGGAUUUCCCCAGACACGGUUCUACGUCUCUUCCUCUCCGAGACUCUCGGAGGCAGCAAGGAGCCGCGGAUCUACUCCCUGGAGGAGCUAAAGGAACUUUUGAACAAACUGAUGCUGAUGUCUGGCAAGAAAGACCACAACAGCGCUGAAGUCGAGUUGUUCUCCGAGGUGUUUUGCAACGUGCAGAGGCUGAUGGAGUCCUUCAUAAACUUGUACUCGGCCGGGAACUUUCUGUUCCGGGGCUGGAGGGCCGAGGUGUUCUGCUCCUCCCGGAAGGACUCGCACGUGCGGAUGGACUUCGGCCUGGAGCUGCCGGGCAAGCUGAUGGGGUGCGGGCCGCUGGCCUCGCUGCUGGAGGCCGUGUGCCGGCAGAUGGAGCAUUUCUUGGGCCAGUGGGAGGACUUCGUGGCCCAGAAGCGAGCUGAGCACUUUCACCUCAACUACUACACCGCGGAGCAGCUGGUGUACCUGGGCGCGCAGCUCAGCCGGCAGCCGCCCAGUCACGAGGCCCUCACCAUGCUGUCCUUUGUCAAGCGGAAAUGCAGCCCCCGCGACGUCGCAGAGGCCUGCAGGGGGCCCGAUGGCGAGGCCGCCGGACGCCCGCCGCAGACCGUCAUGAACAAGCUGCUGCGCAUGCUCAUCUGUGAGCCCAGCCUGGCGGGCAAGCUGAGGGUCAUCAUGCACCAGUUCCUGACCUGCAUGCCCGCCUUCCUGCCUCACUGCCUGGACCUGGAGGCCCUGGGCCUCUGCCUGGCUCGCCUGGCGGAGAUGGACGGCCAGCUGGUCACACGGGAGCUCCCCAAAGGCCUGCAGGUCGGCCAGCCCAACCUCAUCGUCUGUGACCACGCGGAGGUGCUGCUGGCCGCCCUGGCUGUCUACGCGCAGAGCCCGGGGCAGCCGCUGCCCACCUACGAUGAGGUGCUGCUGUGCACCCCGGGGACCACAUUCGAGGAGGUGGCGCUGCUCCUGCGGCGCUGCCUGAGCCCCGGCUCCGGGGGACGCGGCAUCUACAGCCUGCUGCACGCCGACCAGCUGAGCUACGAGGUGGCCUGCCGGGCGGAGGCGCUCUUCCUGAGCCUGUGCACGCAGCCUCACCGGGAGGACUACCGGCUCGUCAUGGUCUGCGACUGUGAGCGGGAACACUGCUACCUGCCCUCGGCCUUCAGCCAGCACAAAGUCCCCGUCACCCCCCAGGCGCCCCUCGACACCAUCCGGGCCUACCUGGAACAUCACUACCAGGUCCCAGCGGGGGUCACGUCCGCCGCCACGGUUUUCAGGAACCAGAUGUGUGUGGGGAUCGUGACCUCAGAGAGAGCCGGUGUUGGAAAGUCUCUCUACGUGAAGCGAUUGCAUGAAGCGCUGAAAAGGAAGUUUACGGGGAAAAAAGUACCUCUGAAAAUUAUUCGACUGAUUGACCCUCAGGUGGAUGAAGACCAAGUUCUGGGCUCCCUGCUGCCUUACCUGGGCACCCAGUAUCAGACGAGACCCAUGAUGUUCCACUUUGACGUGACCUCCUCUGUGCAGACUGGAAUCUGGGUAUUUCUUUUCAAACUCCUCAUCCUGCAGUACUUAAUGGACACCAGCGGGAAAAUGUGGCUUCGAAACCCAUACCACUUAUACGUCGUCGAAAUCCUGGAAGGGCAUUCGGCUCUGCCUAGGACGUCGUCAAAACUGAGGACCCGUGCCCCCCAGUUCAGUUUUCUUGACAUCUUCCCCAAAGUCACCUGCCGGCCUCCCAAGGAAGUGAUCAGCAUGGAGCUCGACCCUCGGCGGAACCCCAGAGAGCCGGGGAUGGAUCCGACUGAGUUCCGCAGCGAGAAUUUCCAGCGACCGUUCCAAUAUUUGAAACGGUUCCAUCAGAAACAAAACCUAGACACGUUUCAGUACGAAGAGGGCCGGGUGGAAGGGACCCCCGUGGAGUGCCUGCAGCACCUCCUCAUCUACUGUGGGGUGAUGGACCCGUCCUGGUCGGAACUCUGGAACUUCGCCCGGUUCCUGAACUGCCAGCUCAGGGACUGCGAGGCCUCCCUCUUCUGCAACCCGGCGGUCGUCGGGGACACGCUGGUGGGCUUCAAGAACUUUGUGGUGACCUUCAUGAUUUUCAUGGCAAGAGAUUUCGCCACACCGACACUCCACAUGUCCGACCAGAGCCCAGGGAAGCACGUGGUCAGGAUGGACGGGGUCAGGGAAGAAGACAUAGCCCCUUUCUCUCUGCGAAAGCGGUGGGAAUCGGAGCCCCACCCGUACGUGUUCUUCAACCAUGACCGCACGACCAUGACGUUCAUAGGGUUCCACUUGCAGCCCAACAAGAAUGGCACCGUCGACGCCAUCCAUCACGGGACCAGGAAGGUGAUCAAGGAGAACGUCAUGACGGUGGAGCUGUACCAGGGGCUGCUGCUGCAGAGGGUGCCCUUCAACAUCGACUUUGAUCAGCUGCCCAGGGAUGAGAAACUGGAGCGACUCUGCCUGGCACUCGGGAUCCAGUGGCCCAUGGACCCUGACGACACGUACGAGCUCACAACAGACAACAUGCUGAAGCUCCUUGCCAUCGAGAUGCGCUUCCGCUGUGAGAUCCCCGUCAUCGUCAUGGGGGAGACCGGCUGUGGGAAAACCAGGCUCAUCAAGUUCCUCAGCGACCUGCGGCGCGGGGGUGUCGACGCCGAAACCAUGAAGUUGGUCAAGGUCCACGGGGGAACGAGUGCAGCCAUGAUCUACAGCCAAGUCAAGAAGGCGGAAAGACUUGCCCUCAUCAAUAAGAGCAGACAUCAGCUGGACACCGUCUUGUUCUUCGAUGAGGCCAACACCACGGAAGCUGUCAGCUGCAUCAAAGAGGUCCUGUGUGACCGCACGGUGGACGGCCUGCCGCUGGCGGAGAACUCCGGCUUGCACAUCAUCGCGGCCUGCAACCCGUACCGGAAGCACUCCCAGGAGAUGAUCUCCCGCCUGGAGGCGGCCGGCUUGGGCUACCGGGUGAGCGCCGAGGAGACCAAGGACCGGCUGGGCGCCAUCCCCCUGAGGCAGCUGGUGUACCGCGUCCACGCUCUGCCGCCAAGCCUGGUUCCUCUGGUGUGGGACUUCGGGCAGCUGAAUGACAUCACGGAGAAGAUUUACAUCCAGCAGAUCGUCCAGAGGCUGGUGGACGCCACGGCGAUAGGCCCAGCCGAGACGCGUGUGAUCACCGACGUGCUCUCUGCCUCCCAGUGUUUCAUGAGGAGCAGGGACAACGAGUGCAGCUUCGUCAGCCUGCGGGACGUGGAGCGUUGCGUGAAAGUCUUCGGGUGGUUUUACGACCACAGCCAGAUGCUCCUGUCCAAGCUGGAGGCCUUUGCCUGCGCGUCCGACGCCAUCCCGGAGGACUUCGACAGAGACCCCGUGCUCUGGUCGCUGGUGCUGGCCGUCGGGGUGUGCUACCACGCCUCGCUGGAGAAGCAGGAGCUGUACCGCGAGGCCAUCUGCAAGUUUUUUCCGCGGCCGUACGACGACGGCAGGGCGUUGCUGGACGAGAUAACGCGCACGCAGGACCUGUUCCUGGACGGUGUGUCUCUGAGGAAAACCAUCGCCAAGAACCUGGCUUUGAAGGAGAACGUCUUCAUGAUGGUGAUCUGCAUCGAGCUGAAGAUCCCGCUCUUCCUGGUGGGAAAGCCCGGCAGCUCCAAAUCUCUCGCCAAGACCAUCGUGGCGGACGCCAUGCAGGGCCAGGCCGCCCACUCGGACCUGUUCCGGAGACUGAAGCAGGUCUACCUGGUGUCCUUCCAGUGCAGCCCGCACUCCACCCCCCAGGGCAUCAUCGGCACCUUCAAGCACUGCGCCCGCUUACAGCAGGACAAGGACCUGCAGCAGCACGUCUCCGUGGUGGUGCUGGACGAGGUCGGGCUGGCCGAAGACUCGCCCAAAAUGCCCCUCAAGACUCUGCACCCGCUGCUGGAAGACGGGUGCAUCGAAGACGACCCUGCCCCCCACAAAAAGGUUGGCUUCAUCGGCAUUUCCAACUGGGCUCUGGACCCCGCCAAGAUGAACCGGGGCAUUUUUGUGUCCCGUGGCAGCCCCAAUAAGAAGGAGCUCAUACAGAGCGCCAGGGGCAUCUGCUCUUCAGAGCCCCUCGUCCAAGAGCGGAUCCAAGGCUACUUCGCACCCUUUGCCAAAGCCUACGAAACGGUGUGCAGCCAGCAAGACAAGGAGUUCUUCGGUCUCCGCGACUACUACAGCCUCAUCAAGAUGGUCUUCGCCACCGCGAAGGCCUCGAACAGGAGCCUGUCCCCGCACGACAUUGCGCAGGCCGUCCUUCGCAACUUCAGCGGCAACGACGAGAUCCGAGCUCUGGACAUCUUCGCGGCCAGCUUGCCCGAGGCGAAGCUCUCGGAGGAGGUGAGCACCAUGCAGCUGAUCAGGCAGAACGUGCACGGCGACCUCCCGAGUGCGCCAGGCCAAGAGCCGGGGGACUCCGAGUCCCGCUACCUGCUGGUGCUGACCAGGAACUACGUGGCGCUGCAGAUCCUGCAGCGGACCCUCUUCGGCGAGGACCAACAGCCGGAGAUCAUUUUUGGCUCCAGUUUCCCCAGGGACCAGGAGUACACCCAGGUCUGCAGAAACAUCAACCGCGUGAAAAUCUGCAUGGAGACCGGCAAGACGGUGGUGCUGCUGAAUCUGCAGAGCCUCUACGAGAGCCUCUACGACGCCCUCAACCAGUACUACGUCUACCUCGGGGGUCAGAAGUACGUGGACCUCGGUCUGGGGACCCACCGGGUCAAGUGUCGGGUUCACCCACAGUUCCGCUUGAUAGUCAUCGAAGAGAAAGACGUGGUCUGCAAACACUUCCCCAUCCCCCUCAUCAACCGACUAGAGAAGCACUAUUUGGACAUCAACACCGUUCUGGAGAAAUGGCAGAAGGACAUUGUGAAGGAGCUCAAGGCCUGGGUGGACAAGUUCAUCGAUAUCAAAGCACCGCAGAGCAUAGCCAGGUACAGCCCUCCUGACGUCUUCAUCGGCUACCACUCGGACACUUGCGCCUCUGUGGUGCUCCAGGUCAUAGAGAGGCUCGGUCCCAGGGCCUUCACCCACGAGUGUUACCAGCAGGCGUUGGAAGAUGCCAAGCUGGUGCUGCUGGACUGCGCCACACCGGACGCCGUGGUCCGGCUCAGUGCUUCCGCCCUGGACACGUUUGCUGCCCGGUCCCUGUCAAACGUGUACUAUUACACGCAGCAACACAACUCCUUUGCAGACUUCCUCCAGGCUCACCUGCGUGCGCUGGAUCCGGGGCGCCAUGCCGUCUUCACGGAGAUCACCACUUUCUCCAGACUGCUCACCAGUCAUGACUGUGAGAUUCUAGAAGCGGAAGUAACCGGCAGGGCCCUGAAACCCAUGAUCCUGUCGCUACAGCAGUUUGACACCGAGUACUCAUUCCUCAGAGAAGUUCGAAACUGCUUGACAGGCUCAGCCACGGGCAAGAUCCUCAUCAUCCAGACAGAUUUCGAAGAUGGUGUUCACAGUGCCCAGCUCAUCGCUUCGGCCAAGUAUUCCGCUCUCAACGAGAUCAACAAGAUCCAGGGAGACCAGGGCUGUAUCUUCAUCUAUUUCAUCACCAAACUGUCCCGGAUGGAAAGCGGAACCUCUUACGUGGGCUUCCACGGAGGGCUGUGGCAGUCUGUGCACAUUGACGACCUCCGGCAGUCCACAGUCAUGGUUUCGGAUGUGACCAAGCUGCAGGGCAUGACCAUCAGCCAGCUGUUCGAUCCCCACGGCGGACCCGAGGCCAAGGUGGGACACGGGGCCAGCAAGGGCCAUGAGGAGCCGAUGGAAGUCGACCCACCUGCGCCCCCGAGAAGCCACGCGCAGGCCCUGGACAGUGGCAGCCUGCUGCGCAGCUGCAUACAGAGCGCGGUGGGCCUGCUGCAGGACCCAAGCCCGCACCACCAGCGUAACGUGAGGCGGGUGGAGAUCCUGCUCGACCACCUCAAUGAGGACGAUGAGCGCAAAGCCGCGUUCUUGCGGGCAGCCAAGAUGCGCCUCCAGGACCUGCUUACGAAGCAGGAGGAGACCCACACGCUGGACAGGAAGGACUGGGUGGUGCGGGAAGCCUCCAACCCCGACGCCCUGCAGGAGGCAGGCACCUUCAGGCACACCCUCUGGAAGCGAGUCCAGGGCGCCGUGACCCCUCUGCUGGCGAGCAUGGUGUCGGUCAUCGACAGAGACAGCAACCUGGAGCUUCUGGCCAGGCCCGAUUCUCCGUCUUGGGCGAGAGAUCUUUGGAUGUUUAUUUUCAGUGACAUUAAGCUGCUGAACAUUCCUCUUGUGACGGCUAGUCCAAGGUCACAGAGCGAGAUGUCCCACAUCCUGGUGCCGAGCCACAUGACGCUCUCAGAACAGGACCACAGCACCAUCCCGUUCAGCUGGAGGAUCAGGGACUACAUAGAGGAACUGUGGGUCCAGGCGCAGUACAUCUCCAAGGCCGAAGAACUGCCCAGGAAGCUGGUGGAGAUCUUCCAGCGGACCCCGCUGGGCAGCUUCAUCGCGCGGCGGCGGGCGGACGAGCGGCAGGAGCUGCUGCAGGGCUACCUCCGGGACUUUCUGCUCCUGACCAUGAGGGUGUCCGCGGGGCGUGAACUGGAGUUCCUACAGAUGGCCCUGUGGUCCUGCAUCCGCCAGCUGGGGGCAGAAAGCCCCAUGGAGGAGCUGUCCCUCCCGUGGGUGCACCUGGCCUAUCAGAGUUUCAGGAUCCGACUCCAGAACUUCUCCAGAAUCUUGACUCUCCACCCCCCGGUCCUGGACAGCCUCACCGAAGCCUCACAACACCACGACUGCACUGGCCCCGAGAUGACUCUAGACGCGUUUGCAGCAGUGGCCUGCGCCGAGCUGCUGACCAGGGACCUCCUGAAGCCCAGUCCCCAGGCGUGGCUGCAGAUGGUGAAGAACCUGUCCAUGCCGCUGGACCUGCUCUGCUCCGACGGGUAUGCGCCAGACCAGAGCAAGGCCGGGGACCUCAUCCGGGAAGUCAGGGGCCAGUGGACUCGCGUCUUCUCCGUCGCGCUCUUCGUGGAGCACGUGCGCCUGGGGAUCGAGAGCCGCGUGCCUGAGCUGCGCGGUCUGGUGACCGACUUCGUCUUCCUACUGAACAAGUGUCUGCAAGAGAACUCGGACAUCAAGACCAUCCGGCCUUUCCGGGCAGUGAUGGCCACUCUCUGUGAGUGUAAGGAUAAGGCCAGCAGGACCUUCACCCGGUUCGGCAUCCGGCCGUGCUCCGUCUGCCUGGAGGACACGAAGGAGCCCAUCUGCCUGCCCUGUGAUCACGCCUUCUGCCUGGCCUGCAUCCGGCAGUGGCUCACCAGCGGCCAGAUGGCCUGUCCCUUCUGUUUAACCGAACUGCCAGACCCGUUCCCCCUCAAGGUUUCCCAGGAGCUGAAGCACGCCACUGAGAAGCACGCCUACUUCCGACACCUGUGCACCAGCUUCUUCGUGGACCUGGUGUCCACCAUGUGCUUCAAAGACAACUGUCCCCCGCACAAGGAUGUGGUCGAGGCUCUGCUGUCCUUACUCUUCGUGCAGAAGACGCUCUUACGAGACGCGCCCCAGCGACACUGUGAACUCACCAAGUCUCUGUCUCCGUUCGACGACGUCGUCGAUAAGACGCCCGUCAUCCGCUCCGUGGUCCUGAAGCUGCUCCUGAAGUACAGCUUCCACCAAGUCAAGGAUUACAUUCAGCAGUACUUGACCCAGCUGGAAAGGAAAUCGUUCCUGCCGGAGGAUAAGACGGAGCUGUACGUGCUGUUCAGCAGUUGUCUGGAGGACUCCAUCCAUGAGAAGAACAGCGCGCUCUGGGCCAGCGAGCCCGCCAGGGCCCUGAAGGAGGACGGCCGCUUCCUGCAGGCGUGUCUGCCCGGGGGGCGCGGCCGGCAGCCCGCCCCGGAGGCCUCUGUGGAGCACCUGCAGGAGGUGGCCAGGACCCGCCUCUGCCUGGACAGGGCUGCUGACCUCCUCUCUGAGCCUUGGGAAGAGAUGGCGGAGGACAGGCGGCAGUACCUGGGGCAGGUGCAGCGCCUCUGCACGCAGGCCAGGAACGACUGGUACCGGGUGUACCUGGUGCGGAAGCUCGCGAGCCAGCAGGGAAUGGAGUUCGUGCACGGUUUCUCCCGGCCCGGCCACCCGGCCCAGUGGGUGUUCCCCAAGGAAGUCAUUGUCCUGCAGGAGGCGCACCCGAGCCAGAUGGACCGCUACCUGGUGCACGGAUUGGAGUACAAGGCUGUUCGUGACGCGGUGGGCAAAGCUGUCCUGGGGAGCAGUCCCCUGGCCGUUCCGACUGCUCUGGAGGCCUGCAGGAACUCCCGGACGCGGCAGGCUGUGUGCUUACUGCUGGCGCUUUUCAGAGAGGUCACCGCGCUGUACCGGUCCCGCAACGCCAGCCUGCGCCCCACGCCGGAGCAACGUGAGGCCGUGAACAAAUUCAUUGAAGAAAGCCAGGCCCUGUCCCCUGACAUGAGAGAUUUUGCAAAAUCCCUCGCGACCAACACUCUGCCGCUGCUGAAGAUGGUGCCCGGCGACAGCCUGGAAGGCGCCGUGACCGAAGUGGCCGUUCACGCUGCCGUCGUCCUCCUCUGUGGGCAGAACAGGCUCUUGGAGCCCCUGAAGAACUUGGCCUUCUCCCCAGAAACCAUGGCGCGGGCCUUUCUCCCGACCAUGCCUGAGGACCUGCUGUCUCAAGCCCGGACCUGGCAGGGUCUGGAAUACGUCUACUGGUACGUGUGUCCCAGAGGUCACCCGUGCACUGUAGGAGAGUGUGGCAGGCCCAUGGAGCAGAGCGUCUGCGUGGACUGUGGCGCGCCUGUCGGAGGGGUGAACCACAAGGCCAACCGAGGGUUCACUGCCAUCGGGCAGAGCGCAGACAGAACGCAGACGGGCCACGUGCUGGGAAACCCACCCGCCAGGGACCAGGUGGUGGUUUCGGACCGCGAGCUCUCCCCGGGGGUCUUUCUUCUCGCCAGGCUGCUCACUCACCUGGCGAUGUUCCUGGGGGCGGCCCACAGCCCGCAGGCUCUGACCAACAUCAUCAAGCCUUCGGUGAGGGACCCGAGAAGCUUUCUGCAGCAGCACAUCCAGAGAGACCUGCAGCAGCUGAUGAAGACGCUGGGCAAGGGGGCCGACGACGCGGCCACCGUGGUCCACAUCGUCCUGCGCAGCCUCCUCGAGGACCAGGGCCACCUCUCCGGCCAGAGAGCGUUCGACGUGGAUGCGGUCUUGUCGACCCGAGAGAAGAGGAACUCCUGGGAGAAGGCUGUGGAAGCCCUCCUCUUACCUGUGCUGGAGCGUCUAGAUAAAACCCUCCUGGCGGUGAACACUCUCAUCAGUGGCGAUGAGCGUGUCAGCUCCAACCCGGUGGCCAGAAUCGUGUUCGGGGACCCGGCGUCCUUCCUGUCCAGCCUGCCCCCGCGCAGCAUGGUCCACUGCUCCAAGAUGUGGAACUGCAGGACCAGGAUCACCGUGGAGUACCUCCGGCACAUCGUGGAGCAGAAGAACGGCAAAGAGACCAUGCCUGUCCUCUGGAAGUUCCUGCAGAAGGAAGCAGAGCUCAGACUGGUGAAGUUCCUGCCCGAGAUUCUGGCCCUGCAGAGGGGUCUAGUGAAACAAUUCCAGAAUGUGUCGGAAGCUGAGUACCAGUCCAUCAGAGGGUUCAUUGACAGCCACCACUCAGUGGGGCUGAAGCGGCUGCUCCUAGACAGAGUCCAGGUGUUCCUGUCCACGUGGAACAAGCUGAGGAGGUCCCUGGAGACCCACGGCGAGAUCAAGCUGCCCAAAGACUGCUGCAGCGCAGACCUGGACCUCGACUCAGAGUUCGAGGUCAUCCUGCCGCGUCGCCAGGGCGCGGGCCUCUGCUCCACAGCCCUGGUCAGCUACCUGAUCAGGCUGCACAACGACAUGGUCUACACGGUCGAAAAGUUCUCCAGGGAAAACAGCAGCUAUUCCGUCGACGCCUCCGAGGUCACCGACCUGCACGUCAUCAGUUACGAGGUGGAGCGGGACCUGAUGCCGCUGAUCCUGUCCAACUGCCAGUACCGAGUGGAGCUGGGCAAGGAGAACCUGCAGGAGUUCGACCUGGAGAAGAUCCAGCGCCAGGUCAUCAGCCGCUUCCUCCAGGGCAAACCCAAGCUGACCCUCAAGGGCAUCCCCACGCUGGUGUACAGGCGCGACUGGGACCACGAGCGUCUCUUCAUGGGCAUCAGGGACAAGAUGGCCCAGAGCCCCCUCCCCAACGCGGCCGUCAGCGCCAUCUGCGGGCAGCUGCAGUCCUACAGCGACGCCUGUGAGGCUCUGUCUGUCAUAGAGGUCACCCUGGGCUUCCUGAGCACCGCUGGCGAGGACCCCAACAUGGACCUGAACAUGUACAUCCAGGACAAGCUGCGCAUGGGCGACCAGACAGAGCAGGUGUUAAAGGCCUUCCACAGGUGUCAGCUCCAGCACGUCAUCGCCCUCUGGCAACUCCUCUCUGCGCACAGGUCUGAGCAGCAGGUGCGGCUGAGAAAGGAGCCCUUUGGGGAGAUGGACGCCAAGUUCAGAGUUGAGCUCAGCCCAGAAAAUGCUAAGCUGCUGAGCACGUUCCUGAACCACAGCAGCCUGGACACCUUCCUUCUGGAGCUACACGAGAUGAUCGUCUUGAAACUGAAGAACCCCCGCACCAAGGAGGACUUCAACCCCCAGUGGAGCCUGAGAGACACUCUAGUGAGCUACAUGGAAACUAAAUAUGGUGACGUUCCCCCCGAGCUGGAGUCCCAGUUCCCGGAGGAGAUUCUGCUCUGCAACUGUGUCUCCGUGUGGAAGACGGCAGCUGGGCUGAAGCGGAGCCGACAGGCGAGAUAGAGCUGCUCCCGGGCGCCGGCUCUGCCCCGGAACACCUGUCCUCAGCGGGUGGCGGCCGCUGGUCACGAGAGGGGGUCUGAGAGCGCCACCGUCCUCUGCGCCCCGGCCGAACGGACAGGCUGCCUCGGCCUCCAGCCUCUUCACUGGAACAUCCCAGCCCCAGGCCGCCUCCUCCUCAGACGACUACCUGGUCCGAGGGAGAGGCAGCGGGGUUACUAAUUUCCGCUUUUGUUUUUGUUUUUCUAACGUGUUCUGCACUCACAGAAGAGAACCUGGCUUUCUUCUCUCUUCCAUUCCUUUAACUUCUGAGUGUUGUACAGAUGUUCCUAGGUUCCCAAGGACACAGAACAAAGGCUCUGCUGCCUCCUCACACGUCAGGGCUUCCUGGGAGCAAUGGGACUUCGAGCCAAACCAGCGAGACCUCACGCGGGCCCUGCCCUGAGCCACGGCCACACAGUCAGGGUCCGGGCACUAGAACUGCGGACGCUCUGAGGCUGUUUCCUCACCUGUGCAAUGAAGGAACUGGCACGAGGAUGCCCUCCUCUCUCCGGUGUUUUGAAAUGUUGAAUGCAAGUCUGUCCGUGUGGACUCGGGUCAGGGGCACAGCCCUUCCUGGCAUUUCUGCAGGAAGCAUUUGACUGGCAUUCUGCCAAAUGCACGUGAUCCCCGCCCGGCCUCGAUUUCCCCGAGGGCGCCCGUGUCCGGUGCUGGCUUGGGCUCCUGGCCGAGGCGUAAAGACAGACUCAGAGAGAACGCAAAGCCAGUGGGGCUUCUGGAAAAGGAACAAGGGCGCCCAGCCCCAACCCCAUGCACGUCCCCACCGGAAGUGACAUGCCUACUGACCUCUCUGGACCAGUUCCUGUUCUCCUGGGUGACCACUGAGAAACAACUGUUUACAAGCCAGGCAAGGUCCUCAGUGUACAUUCUGAGUGAGUUCAUGACUCCGUGGACUUGAAAGCGGGUCCAUGGGUGAUGAGACCGGCACCAACACCAAGAACCCCGCACCCUGCCGUCACUGUCGCACUUGGCGAGGGGAGUACAAGUGAUCCAGGUGCCUUGGGCAUUCACCUGCUACGACCCACCUGCACUGUCAUCUGGUGGGCCCAUCGUCCCGACUAUGCAAAGGCACUCCUGCCGGCGUCUGCAUCCUGGAGCGCCACGUCAUCACUGCCGCUGCCUCAGGAGAGGGGGCUGCCUGGUCAGGCCUCCAGCUGGCACCUGGCAGUCCCGUGAUACCUCAGGCGGGAGGAGCCGGCCAGGCCAGCAGGUGCCACUCUGGUGCCUCACUGCCACACUGGAGCAGAAGACCCUUUUUUCAGCAGAGGGGGCACGGGGACUUUUCUCUCCGCUUUUAUGAAGGUUUUUAAAUUAAGAUGUCUUAUUGCGUGUGCUAUGCUUUCAAAGCCUUAACUGUCGUUAUCCAGCGUGACCUCAUUUGUAUAAAAGUGCGCAGGCCUAGCACACACAAAUGCAAAUUUUGUUAUACUUGUUAUACCUGUUUAAUAAACUUGAGUUUUG